AUGGAGGAUGGAUGUGUGUGCUCCCCCAUCUCCAUGUUCAGUUUGCGACGCUCCUCCCACUCUCUGGCCACUGACAUGUUCGAACAGCACCUGGGAGCACACCUGCUACAGUCUCUGGACGGCUUUGUGUUUGUGGUAAGCUCGGAGGGACGCUUCCUCUACAUAUCAGAGACUGUUUCCAUCUACCUGGGCCUCUCACAGGUGGAGUUGACGGGCAGCAGUGUGUUUGACUACAUUCACCCUGCGGACCACGUGGAGAUGGCAGAGCGUCUGGGAAUCAGGCCCCACCUGAGGGCCGAGGCUGGCUGCCACGUGGCACCCGAGAGUGCCUCCAGCUCUGCCUCCACAUCCUCCCUGGCCGGGACCCCUGAGCCUGCCCCCUCAAGCCCUCUCUCUCCUGGGAACGAACCUCCUGACCGAGGCUUCUUCAUCCGUAUGAAGUCCACCCUCACCAAGAGAGGCCUCCACGUCAAGUCCUCGGGCUACAAGGUGAUCCAUGUGACCGGGCGAAUCCGUUGUCGCCCUGCCAUGGUGCCAGGCUCCGCCCGCUCGGUGCGUCGGCCAAUGGGCUUGGUGGCCCUUGCGCACACGCUCCCUCCCUCCACGCUGAACGAAGUGCGCAUGGAGAGCCAUAUGUUUGUCUUCCGGGUCAACAUGGAUCUGCAGGUCACUUACUGCGAGAACAGGAUCUCAGAGUACAUGGACCUGAGCCCAGUUGAGGUGGUGGGACACACCUGCUACCACUUCAUCCACGUAGAAGACCUGGAUAACAUCAGACAGAGCCAUGAGGACUUGUUGAGGAAGGGUCAGGUGGUGACAGGGUACUACCGUUGGCUCCAGAGGAGAGGGGGGUAUCUGUGGGUCCAGUCCUGUGCCACUGUCUCCAUCAACCACAAAGCCCCCCACGAACGCAACGUGAUCUGGGUCAACUACGUCAUCAGUCGGACAGAGCUCCCAGACACUCCCCUGGAUCUGCUGCAGCUCCCAGAGAGUCUGAGGGCGGAGCGUCUGAAAGCCAGCUCCUCCCCUUCGGAACACUCGCCCCAUGCCCGGGGCCCACAGCCAAUGAAAAGCUCUGUGUGUAAAGGUGACCCUGACUCUAAACUGAGAGAGAUCUAUAAUCCCGGCGUCCAAUCAGGGGACAGGAGGAAGCGUCCGCUGCAAUCUGACUCUGAAGGUGCUCCCCCAGAAACGCGGCGUCGCCUGGAAGAGUUUCGCCAGAGAGAGGGGAGUGUGUCAGCCUCCUCAGACCUGGGCAGUGAGAGCGAGGGAGAGGAGCGAGAGUGGGAGCAGGGGGGAGACAGCGGGAGGGUCAAACGAGAGGAGGGGCCUUCGAAACGAGGCGGGGAGACCCCCAUGAGGGGCGAGAGAGGUGGCAGGGUGCACAACGGCCGUGCGGUAAUCCAGCACCUGAAGAGUGUAGUGUCCUCGCCUCUCUCUGGUCCCCCCAACAUUAAGACUGAACAUGAGGCACUGGCCACAGGGGGUCGCUGGACACACACACACACCUCCUCACACACACAACCCCCACCCUCACACACACACACACCCUGCGGCAGCCUGAACGGUGACAGUCCCCCCACCCCUAUCCCAGACUCCUCCUCCAGCAGUGAAGCCCCACCCAAAGGUAUUUUCACCCCACCCUCCCCCGCCAUGUCCCCUCCCAUGUCCGGCUCCUCCCCUCUACCCUUUGAGGAGCGGGGCAUGUUGUCUGGAGGCCGGGGGGGCGGGUCUGACUUUGAGCUGUUGCAUAGACUGGCAGCGGGGGGUGCUGCAGGACGGGUGCUGUUCCACCCCCUGGCCCUCGGCCCCCAGGGGCCACAGAGCCUGUAUGCCCCCAGUACCAUCCGCUAUGCGCCCCCAGAGCUGCCCACCUCCCACCACGGUGCUGAGGGGCUGCGCUCCGACCACCACAAGGGCCCCCCAGCCUUCUUCCCCCACCUCCAGAGGCUGGCCAGCCUGCCCUCCUUCAGUGGGUUCUCCGCCUCUGACAAUCCCUUCAACCCCUUCUGUAUGAACGGACUGAGGGGGGCCGCAGGGUCCGAGGAGGACUGAAAGAGAGGAGGAGGGGCUAGAGAGAGACAUGGGGGCAGGACAUUGGGACAUAUGGGGUUGGGAAACUGAACAAAGGACCAUUUGCACAGCUUCCAUGGGGAGUCAGAUGGUGUCCAACACAGGUGACAGGAUGGGUGACACUCAAAGUGGACUUUGACACUUGACUUUACCCCACUAGCUGUCCAAGCUUUGUCCCCCCUCUCUGCUCUACCGUAUCCUCUCUCCGCUGCUGUUAAAUGACUGUGCAGAGUUCCAUGUCUAUUUCUUCCACUCAGAAAAGCCAUAUUGUACAUAGAGACAGGACCAUACAUACCUUCACUACUCCAUCCUCAGUAUCAUAACAACUGUUCCUGAGCCUGUCAGACUGAUUUCUGUGUGAAUGAAA